AUGAACCCGACAACUAAAUCCAAUAUUUCUUCUAAAAGUAGCCCAUUAGGAAGUGGUCCUGUUCUUCGUAGUGCCUCAAAUGGUAGUACAUCUACUUCGAUGUCUAAACGGACCAAUAAUACUUAUUCUAAUGAUGAUUUAAUGAAAGCUAUUCUUGAUAUGCAAAAUUCUCAAUCCGUACAAUUUCAAGAACUCCAUGGAUGUUUGACCUCUUUAAAAAAUGAAAUCUCUGAACUUAAAAACGAGAAUAUAGCACGUCGCUAUGAAUCGUCUGCACUUUCUGCUCGAGUGGCUCAGUUGGAAUCAAAACCGGCCGUUACUUCGGAUUCUGAAGUGUCGUCAAAACUACUUCGUGAAAUUUCUGAGAGAAAUUCUUCUGAAUAUAACGUAAUUAUAUAUGGUCUUCCUGAGUCGAAUUCGCCUUCAAUUAAUCAAAGAAUCUCUGAUGAUUGCGCUGAGCUAUCUAGUGCUUUGUCACCCAUUCAAAUUGAUUUACCUAUUGAUUUCAAAUUAAUUCGCCUUGGUAGUAAUAAGGCCCGGAAACCUAGACCGAUAAAAAUAAUUUGUAAGUCAAAAGAAAAUGCAGCUCAACUCUUAUCCGAAUUCAGGCAGGCAGUUAGAAGUGGAGGUAGUAUUCGUGAUGGUCUUCGAAUAACCCGAGACAAGACUUCGUUGGAACGGGAGAUACUCCGUACUGCUCAUAUAGAACUUGAAAAUAGAAACAAAUCAGGCGAGUCAAAUUUAAAUGUUCGUGGGCUCCGGACUAAGUUACAUGAUGUAAUAUCUAAUUUUCCUAUACUUAAUUAUGACAUAUUUAUACUAACUGAGACUUGGCUCUCCUCAGAUAUUGUGGAUGCUGAAUUAGGUCUUACUGGAUUUAUAGUAUUCAGAGCUGAUAGAAAUGUAUAUACCAUAUAUAUACCACCGUCAGCCCCGAUCGAGUUAUACACGGCACAUGCUGAAACUGUUGAUGAAUUGUGGCAGUCUUCUGGGUGUAAUAUGGGAAUUAUAUGUGGUGACUUCAAUUUACCAAAUGUUAAUUGGCAUAAUAGUGUUUCGGGAUUGUCAUUAUCGGGUACCGUUAAUGAUAAUGUCAAGGCAAUAGGUGAUAUAUAUCGUUUUUUAGAUUUUUCUCAAAAUAAUUCCAUUAGAAACCAUAUUGGUUCACUCUUAGACCUUGUUUUCACAUCUGAAAUAGACAUAGUUGUUGACACAUCACCAGACUCAUUAGUAACGCCAGAUAAGUAUCAUCCACCAUUAAGCAUUACAUAUUCCAUGCCCGAUGUGCCACCUCAAUUGGAUGAUCAACACUCAUUUCGUAAUUUUAAUUGUGUCGAUUAUAACUCGAUUACUAAUAAUAUGAGCUCCAUUAAUUGGGAAAGUGAGUUUGACAAUCUUGGAAUUGAAGCUGCAGCUAGUCGUCUACAAACAAUUUUAAUAACGUUAAUUGAGCAAUAUGUACCACUCCAUAUAUUUCGUCGCUCAACUUUCUCCAAAUGGGUAACACUCAAAUUGAAACGUUUAAUCAUUAGCAAAAAAAUUGCACACAAAAAAUUGAAACAGUUCGGCACAAUGCACUAUCGUCAUAGAUUUUCUUUAUUACGUGCUCAAGUAAAACUUGAGUCAAGGCUGGCAUAUGAGUCCUAUCUAGGUAAGAUAAAUACUUCCCUCCAGAAUGACCCACAUACAUUUUGGUCGUUUAUCAAUAAUCGCCGAAAUACAUCAGGUAUCCCUAAUGUGAUGCAUUAUGGUGAUAUUAUUGCAUCAGAUAUAGAUAUUGCAAAUCUAUUUGCACUUCUUUUCAAUUCCGUUUACAAAUCACCGUUACCCCCUCCACACUGGAAUACUGAAAAUAUUGGCAUUAAACCAUUUACAUUUUUGCCUUCUAGACUUACUAUUGAACUUAAUGAGGUCGAAGAAAAUUUACUAUCCUUGAGAACAACUAAGAGUCGUGGGCCUGAUGGUAUAUUAGCCCAAUUUUUAUUUAAUAUUAGGGCACAGUUAAAAUAUCCUCUUUUGUACUUAUUUAACCUCUCAUUAGCCGAAGGUAUAUUUCCAUCAAUAUGGAAAACGAGCCAGGUAACACCUAUCUAUAAAUCAGGAGACCCAGGGUCAGUAUCUAAUUAUCGUCCAAUUUCUGGUUUACCUCUAAUUGGUAAAUUAUUUGAAAAAAUUGUCCAUAAAUGUAUUGAACGUAAAUUUAAACUAGUCUUAUCAACAAAUCAACAUGGGUUUUAUGGCGGUCGGUCCACAACAACUAGUGCCUUAGAAUUCUCAGCGUUUAUCAGGGAUAGCUUCAAAAACAUGAGUCAAGUUGAUGUGAUAUUUACUGAUAUUUCUAAAGCUUUCGACUCCAUAAACCAUAUAGUGUUAAUUGAUAUUCUAGAUAAAUUGGGUGUAGGUGAACCUCUGUUCUCCUGGUUCAAAUCCUAUAUAACCGGUCGACGACAGUUUGUAUCCUUAUUUAAUCAAAAAUCCGCGGAAUAUUUAGUCACUUCCGGAGUCCCACAAGGUGGGCACUUGUCUCCACUUCUAUUUAAUAUUCUAAUAAAUACUUUAUGCGAAUCUGUUGACAUCAAAAUGCUAUUAUUUGCGGAUGAUGUAAAAUUAUUUAAUUGCGUUCAAUCUGAGAGUGAUGCUAUUUCGUUACAAGAAUCGUUGAAUAAGUUAGUCAAUUGGUGUAAUACAGUUGGGUUAGAGCUGGCAAUCCACAAAUGUAAAGUUAUGUCUUUUUCGAGACGUCACUCAAUUAUUCAUUAUGAUUACUCUAUUGAUAACGUGAUAUUACAGCGAAUAAACCAAGUUGAAGAUUUAGGUUUUAUUUUUACUCCAACGUUAUCGUUUGCACCUCAUAUUGACUGGAUAGUAGGCAAAGCAUUGAGAUCAUUAGGGUUUAUAAGGCGACAUGCAGGGUCGGUCAUGUCUGUAAGAUGUUUGUUGAUAUUAUAUACUUCUCUUGUUAGAUCGAUUGUAGAGUAUGGAUCUGUAGUAUGGUCUCCAAGGACCAAAUGUGACAUUGUUCGAAUUGAACGUGUUCAGCCUCGUUUCUUGAAUAUGGUUUCUCGAUCUAUGGGCAUUAAUCAUGAACCCCACGACUAUAAACCCGUCUUAAUAGCACUCAAUUUAUCCACCCUAAGCGAAAGAAGAAAUAUGAGUGACAUUAAACUUUUGAAUGGCUUAGUCUCUGGUGUAAUUGACUCCCCAGACUUGUUAUCUAGAAUAGGUUUUCGCAUUCCAGGUACAACCCGUUCUCGUGACCCCUACUACCUUGCUGCAGUAUCCAAAAAUUAUUUGGAUGAUGAUCCUCUAAGGAGAGCUAUGUCUCUAGUUAAUAAUCAUACUAGUUAA